GGGCUGCGGACGGUGGCAUCAGUGCAAAGGGGCGAAAUAAGAGAAUAUUUGGCCGACUUUCAAAAUAACUGGAUUAUAAAAGCUGGACGCACUGGAUAGCAACUCAUUAUUCUAUUCGUGCACAUAGAUCUCAUCGCUGUCUGCCCGUGGUGGCCUAUUUUUAAUUCCUCAUGCCGGAGAUGGCACAGCGGAGUGGGCAAGAGGACCCUGAGCGGUACCUCUUUGUGGAUCGGGCAGUGGUUUACAACCCAGCUUCCCAGGCUGACUGGACGGCCAAAAAGCUGGUUUGGGUGCCUUCUGAGCGACAUGGGUUCGAGGCUGCCAGCAUCCGAGAAGAACGUGGAGAGGAGGUUUUCGUAGAGCUGGCUGAAAAUGGCAAGAAGGCCCUGGUGAACAAGGAUGACAUCCAGAAGAUGAACCCACCCAAGUUCAGCAAGGUGGAAGAUAUGGCAGAACUCACCUGCCUGAAUGAAGCCUCUGUGUUACACAACCUGAAGGAUCGUUACUACUCUGGGCUCAUAUACACAUACUCGGGGCUCUUCUGCGUGGUCAUAAACCCAUACAAAAACCUCCCCAUAUACUCUGAGAACAUCAUUGAGAUGUAUAGGGGCAAGAAGAGGCACGAAAUGCCACCUCAUAUUUAUGCCAUUUCUGAAUCUGCCUACAGAUGCAUGCUUCAAGAUCGUGAGGACCAAUCAAUUCUUUGCACUGGGGAAUCAGGUGCUGGAAAGACUGAAAACACCAAAAAAGUCAUUCAGUAUCUGGCUCACGUUGCAUCCUCUCACAAAGGAAGGAAAGAUCACAACAUUCCACAGCCAGAAUCACCUAAAGCAGUCAAACUCCAGAGCGGAAUCCUGUCUUAUGGAGAGUUAGAGCGUCAACUCCUGCAGGCAAACCCUAUUCUGGAAUCCUUUGGGAAUGCCAAGACAGUGAAAAAUGACAACUCUUCGCGCUUUGGAAAGUUCAUCCGCAUUAACUUUGAUGUAACCGGUUAUAUUGUGGGGGCCAACAUUGAAACCUAUCUUCUUGAAAAAUCCAGGGCCAUUCGCCAAGCCAAAGAUGAACGCACCUUCCACAUCUUCUACCAGCUAUUGGCUGGUGGAGGGGAACAUCUCAAAUCUGAUCUACUCCUGGAGGGCUUCAAUAACUAUCGGUUUCUCUCCAAUGGUAACAUUACCAUUCCUGGACAACAGGACAAGGACAAUUUCCAAGAGACCAUGGAGGCCAUGCAUAUUAUGAGCUUUUCCCAUGAUGAAAUUUUAUCAAUGCUGAAAGUGGUGUCGGCUGUUAUGCAGUUUGGCAACAUUGUGUUCAAGAAGGAGAGAAACACCGAUCAGGCUUCAAUGCCAGAAAACACCGCUGCUCAAAAGCUUUGCCACCUGCUUGGCAUGAAUGUCAUGGAAUUCACACGUGCUAUCUUGUCUCCAAGAAUCAAAGUGGGUAGAGACUAUGUACAAAAGGCCCAAACUAAAGAACAGGCUGACUUUGCUGUGGAGGCCCUGGCCAAGGCCACAUACGAAAGGUUGUUCCGUUGGCUUGUUCACCGCAUUAACAAAGCUCUGGACAGGACCAAGCGCCAGGGAGCUUCCUUCAUUGGCAUCCUGGACAUUGCUGGCUUUGAGAUAUUCCAGUUGAACUCAUUUGAGCAGCUCUGCAUCAACUACACCAACGAGAAGCUUCAGCAGCUGUUCAACCACACCAUGUUCAUACUGGAGCAGGAGGAGUACCAGCGGGAAGGCAUUGAAUGGAGCUUCAUCGACUUUGGACUCGACUUGCAGCCAUGUAUUGACCUCAUCGAGAGACCGGCAAAUCCUCCUGGUGUGUUGGCUCUGUUGGAUGAGGAGUGCUGGUUCCCUAAAGCCACUGAUAAAACUUUUGUGGACAAACUGGUGCAAGAGCAGGGAACUCACACCAAGUUCCAGAAACCACGACAGCUGAAAGACAAGGCCGAUUUCUGCAUCAUUCACUAUGCUGGCAGGGUUGACUACAAGGCAGAUGAGUGGUUAAUGAAAAACAUGGACCCUCUAAAUGACAAUGUGGCCACACUCCUGCACCAGUCCACAGAUAAGUUUGUGGCUGAACUGUGGAAGGAUGUGGACCGUAUUGUUGGUUUGGACCAAGUGGCAGGAAUGAAUGAGACCGCGUUUGGAGCCACAUAUAAGACUAAGAAGGGCAUGUUCCGUACUGUGGGUCAGCUCUAUAAAGAGUCUCUUACAAAACUGAUGGCCACACUGAGGAACACCAACCCCAAUUUCGUCCGAUGUAUCAUCCCCAAUCAUGAGAAAAGAGCUGGUAAACUGGAGCCCCACCUGGUUCUUGAUCAGCUGAGGUGUAAUGGGGUUCUAGAAGGGAUCAGGAUCUGCAGACAGGGAUUCCCCAACCGUAUCAUCUUCCAAGAGUUUAGACAGAGAUAUGAGAUCCUCACUCCCAAUGCAAUUCCCAAAGGUUUUAUGGAUGGCAAGCAGGCUUGUGAGAGAAUGAUCCGAGCAUUGGAGCUUGACCCAAACCUCUACAGGAUCGGUCAGAGUAAAAUCUUCUUCCGCACUGGAGUUUUAGCACACCUGGAAGAAGAGCGAGACCUGAAAAUAACAGACAUCAUCAUCUACUUUCAGUCAGUCUGUCGAGGGUACCUGGCUCGCAAAGCCUUUUCUAAAAAACAACAGCAGCUCAGUGCUUUGAAAGUCCUGCAGAGAAACUGUGCCGCCUACCUGAAACUGCGCCACUGGCAAUGGUGGAGACUCUUCACCAAGGUGAAACCCCUCCUGCAGGUGACCCGUCAGGAAGAGGAAAUGCAGGCCAAGGAUGAGGAGCUCAUUAAAGUGAAGGAGAGGCAAGUGAAAGUGGAGAACGAGCUUGUGGAAAUGGAGAGAAAACACCAGCAGCUCUUAGAGGAGAAGAACAUCCUGGCAGAGCAACUCCAGGCUGAGACGGAAUUGUUUGCUGAAGCUGAAGAGAUGAGGGCUCGUCUGGUGGCUAAAAAACAAGAGCUUGAAGAGAUCCUUCAUGACUUGGAGUCGCGCGUGGAGGAGGAAGAGGAGAGGAACCAGUCUUUGCAGAAUGAGAAGAAGAAAAUGCAGUCGCACAUACAGGACCUUGAGGAACAGCUGGAUGAAGAGGAGGCUGCCCGACAGAAACUUCAGCUGGAGAAGGUAACAGCUGAAGCUAAGAUUAAAAAGAUGGAGGAGGAUAUUCUGCUGCUGGAGGACCAGAACUCCAAAUUCCUAAAGGAGAAGAAACUCCUGGAAGACCGUGUCAAUGAGAUGACCUCCCAGCUGGCUGAGGAAGAGGAGAAGGCCAAGAACCUUGGCAAAGUCAAGAACAAGCAAGAAAUGAUGAUGGUGGACCUGGAAGAGCGUCUGAAGAAGGAAGAGAAAACAAGGCAAGAGCUUGAAAAAGCCAAGCGAAAGCUGGAUGGUGAGACCACAGACCUACAAGAUCAGAUAGCUGAGCUUCAGGCCCAAAUUGAGGAACUCAAGAUCCAGCUGGCCAAGAAAGAAGAGGAGCUACAGGCUGUACUGGCCAGAGGUGAUGAAGAAGUUGUUCAGAAGAACAAUGCCCUGAAGCAGGUGCGGGAGAUGCAGGCCCAGCUAGCUGAACUGCAGGAAGAUCUAGAGUCUGAGAAAGCAGCCCGAAACAAAGCGGAGAAACUCAAGAGAGAUCUGAGUGAGGAGCUGGAGGCUCUGAAGACUGAGCUGGAAGACACCCUUGACACCACUGCUGCUCAACAGGAGCUGAGGACCAAACGAGAGCAGGAGGUGGCAGAGCUGAAGAAGGCCAUUGAUGACGAAAUGAGGAACCACGAGUCUCAGGUCCAGGAGAUGAGGCAGAGGCACGGCACAGUUCUGGAGGAGAUCUCUGAGCAGCUGGAGCAGGCCAAGAGAGUUAAGGCAAAUCUGGAGAAAAACAAACAGACUUUGGAGAGUGAUAAUAAGGAGCUGGCCAGUGAGGUGAAGAGUUUGCAGCAGGCCAAGUCAGAGUCUGAGCACAAGAGAAAGAAACUAGAUGCUCAGCUACAGGAGUUCAUGGCCCGCUUCAACGAGGGAGAGAAGGUUAAAGGAGAACUUUCAGACCGCUCCCAUAAACUACAGGCAGAGCUAGACAAUAUUUCAACUCUUCUGGAAGAUGCUGAGAAGAAGGGAAUCAAACUGGCCAAAGACGCCUCUAGCCUUGAGAGUCAGCUGCAGGACACUCAGGAACUGCUUCAAGAGGAGACGCGUCAGAAGCUGAACCUUAGCAGCCGUAUCCGCCAGCUGGAGGAAGAGAAGAACAGCUUGCUGGAGCAGCAAGAGGAGGAAGAGGAGGCACGCAGGAACCUAGAGAAACAACUGUCAACAUUACAAGCCCAGCUGGUGGAGACCAAGAAAAAGCUGGAGGAUGAUGUGGGAACCCUGGAGGGCCUGGAGGAGGUCAAGAGGAAGCUGCAGAAGGACAUGGAGGGAACCAGUCAGAAGCUGGAAGAAAAGGUAAUCGCUUUUGACAAGCUGGAGAAAACCAAGAACAGACUGCAGCAAGAGCUUGAUGACCUUAUGGUCGAUCUGGACCACCAGAGACAGAUCGUCUCUAACCUAGAGAAGAAACAGAAGAAGUUUGACCAGAUGCUGGCAGAAGAGAAGACCAUCUCGGCGCGUUACGCUGAGGAGAGGGACCGUGCAGAGGCUGAGGCCAGAGAGAAGGAUACCAAAGCUCUGUCUAUGGCCCGGGCCCUGGACGAGGCUCUGGAGGCUAAAGAGGAAUUUGAGAGGCUCAACAAGCAGCUCCGAGCUGAGAUGGAGGACCUGAUGAGUUCCAAGGAUGAUGUUGGCAAGAAUGUCCAUGAGCUAGAGAAAUCCAAACGCACUCUGGAGCAACAGGUGGAGGAAAUGCGCACUCAGCUUGAAGAGCUGGAGGAUGAGCUGCAGGCCACAGAAGAUGCCAAGCUGCGCCUGGAGGUCAACAUGCAGGCCAUGAAGGCCCAGUUUGACCGAGACCUACAGGCCAGAGAUGAGCAGAAUGAGGAGAAGAAGAGGGCUCUGGUCAAACAGGUGCGUGAAAUGGAGGCAGAGCUAGAAGAUGAAAGGAAGCAGAGAGCUCUCGCCGUAGCAGCCAAGAAGAAACUGGAGAUUGACCUAAAAGAUUUGGAAGCACAAAUCGAGGCUGCAAACAAGGCCCGUGAUGAGGCCAUCAAACAACUUCGCAAACUCCAGGCCCAGAUGAAGGACUACCAGAGGGAGCUGGAGGAAGCACGUUCCUCUCGCGAUGAGAUAUUCGCUCAGUCAAAAGAGAACGAGAAGAAACUUAAGAGUCUCGAGGCUGAGAUUCUACAGCUGCAAGAGGAUCUUGCCUCUUCAGAGAGAGCAAGGCGCCAUGCUGAACAGGAAAGAGAUGAGCUUGCAGAUGAGAUUUCCAACAGCGCUUCUGGAAAGGCAGCACUUUUGGAUGAGAAGAGGAGGCUAGAGGCUCGAAUCGCGCAGUUGGAGGAAGAACUAGAGGAGGAACAGAGCAAUAUGGAGCUCUUGAAUGACCGUUUCCGUAAGACCACAAUGCAGGUGGACACUCUGAACACAGAGCUGACAGGAGAGCGCAGUGCCGCCCAGAAAAGUGAAAAUGCCCGUCAGCAGCUGGAGAGACAAAACAAAGAGCUGAAAUCCAAACUGCAGGAACUGGAAGGAUCCAUCAAAUCCAAGUUCAAGGCCUCUAUCGCUGCCCUGGAGGCCAAGAUUAUCCAGCUAGAGGAGCAGCUUGAACAGGAAGCAAAGGAGAGAGCUGCAGCCAACAAGAUUGUACGUCGCACAGAAAAAAAACUUAAGGAGGUGUUCAUGCAAGUGGAGGAUGAGCGUCGUCAUGCUGACCAGUACAAGGAGCAGAUGGAAAAGGCAAACUCACGCAUGAAGCAGCUGAAGAGGCAGCUGGAGGAGGCGGAGGAGGAGGCAACUCGAGCUAAUGCCUCUCGCAGGAAGCUUCAGAGAGAGCUGGAUGACGCCACUGAAGCCAGCGAGGGUCUGAGUCGUGAAGUCAACACACUCAAAAACCGCCUCAGGCGAGGAGGUCCUGUUAGCUUCUCAUCCAGCCGCCCUGGACGCAGACAGCUGCAGAUGGAAGGAGAAUUCUCUGAUGAUGAUGCAGACAGCAAGGCCAGCGACCUGAAUGAGAACCAGCCAUCUCAAGCAGAAUAGAGCUGGCGCCCUCCUGUGGCCAUUCAGACCCACUGCUUCCAUCACUCCAAAUGUCAUCAUGCAGCACCUGUUCUCUCCUUUCUUGAUAUGGGGUCAGCGGUACAGAAAAAGGACCAGUGAGAGCGAUGUGUACAUAAACACACAAAAACACCACUAACCACACAUAAAUGCUACCCUUAAACCUUUGUUUCUAUCCCCUCUCAACAAGGGAGCAUCAACUGCCUUACUCUUAAUAUGACAAGCUUCAAGACUGGGCGUACAUCUACCAGUAAGUGUUACAGUGCAACAGUAGCCUUCAUAUUACAUUAAAUACUACACUGAAGAUAGAACACUUUAGAAGUGCAUUCACAUCAAACUAUUCAUGUCCACAAAGCAAUGAAAGUACUCACUCGAAUCUAGUUUUAAUGAUGUAAACUCAUCGCCUAGCUAAGCAAAUGUGACGGAUUGGGUUGUACAAUACAGCUCUCCAAAUAAACACACAUUCUGCUGAUUUUCGGGUCGAUGGAGAUGCAUGUGCUGCUCGUUUGCUACAAGUUAACAAAGAAAAAAAAAAGAAAAAACAGUCCUGGAGCCCUGGACCGGAUCGCAAAGGAAAAACUGUGAAAAAGCUACUCGCUUCAGCAUCUCUUCAUACAAUUUAA